UCUCCAUUACUGUUACUUUCUAUCUCUAUAAUACACAUUGAAGGAGAAAGAACGGGUUUGUAGUUGGUUCGUUGCGUUUCUUUCUCCUUCAUUCUCUUUCCUCUCUCUCUCAGUUAACUCUGUUUCUAUUUUACGCGCCUCAACAGAAUCUUCCCCUCUCCCUUUGUUUUCUUCGUCUGAUUCUCAGAUCCUCUUCCUACCUUUUGAUCUGAUCUCUGACAAAAGAGAUAGAGAUUGAUGAUUUCUCGUGUUUGUAGUCUCUUUAACAAUCACACUGUGUGAUGGGUUUUGAUGUAUUAAAAUAGAUCACUCUCUCUUCCUUUUUCCUCUUUAAGGCUUUAAAUUAUAUUAAAAAAAACACGUAUUUUCUUUUUCUUUGAGUCUCAAAAAGGGGUAGACCCAGAAGUCCUACCUUUAACCUUUUCUUGGUCAGCUUUGAAAGGCUUGAUCUUUUUUUAUAUAUAUAUAUAUUUGUUGCUUUGUUCAUUCAAUCUUGGCGAUGUGGGUUUAGGAACUACCACUGCUCUGUAUUGUCAGCUGAGGAUUUAUUAUAUUCAUCAUUAGUAGUCUUUGCAUCAAGUAGCUGGAACUGAUACAGAGCUAAAAUCAUCAUUGCUCUUUGUGUUGUGAUAAUUUGGAUCUAAAGCCUCAAAUCUUUACUCGCUGGAUCACCGUGGGUGUGAUUGUACAACAGUUGGUCUGGAGUGCCUUGUUAAUAUAAUCAGGGCCCUGAGAAUGGGGUCCUGUUUAUCUGCAGAGAGCAGGAGUCCUACUACACCGGGCUCUCCUUGCUCUCCUGGCUUUGGUGUUAGGAAGAGGAAGAACUCUAAGAAGAGACUUGGUGGCGGCUCCAGGAACUCCUCCUUUGAUUCAAGGAGAGAUGAUCCCUUGCACCGGGUUCCGGGUCGGAUGUUCUUGAAUGGAUCGAGCGAGGCUGCUUGUAUCUUCACUCAACAAGGCAAGAAAGGCCCUAAUCAAGAUGCAAUGGUUGUGUGGGAGAACUUUGGUUCGAGGACAGAUACAGUCUUCUGUGGAGUGUUUGAUGGGCAUGGUCCAUAUGGUCAUAUGGUUGCCAAGAGAGUCAGAGACAAUCUUCCUCUCAAAUUAAGUACUUAUUGGGAAGCUAAAGUACCAGCUGAAGGUGCUCUAAAGACGAUCACCACCGUUAAUAGUGCCAGCAACAUCAACACCUCUGAAGAUGCUGCUGCUGCUUCUUUUGUAUCUGCUGAAGAAGAACCUAGGCCAUCUGUUGAUAUGGAGGAGGAGGAGAGCACAGAAGAGUCCCAAUCCGAACUGUUUCGAACUCUGAAAGAGGCGUUUCUUAAGGCUUUCAAAGUUAUGGACAGAGAACUUAAGUUCCAUAGAAGUGUUGACUGUUUCUGUAGUGGUACAACGGCUGUUACUUUGAUCAAGCAGGGUGAGUAUCUUGUUGUUGGAAACAUUGGGGACUCCAGAGCUGUGAUGGGCACAAGAAACGGUGAAAAUGCACUUGUUCCUGUUCAACUUACUGUUGAUCUCAAGCCAAAUCUCCCAGCUGAGGCAGAGAGAAUAAAAAAGUGUCGUGGACGUGUGUUUGCCCUUAGAGAUGAACCUGAAGUAUGUAGAGUUUGGCUGCCAAACUGUGACUCACCUGGACUCGCCAUGGCACGUGCUUUCGGAGACUUUUGUCUUAAAGAUUUUGGUCUAAUCUCUGUCCCUGAUGUAUCAUUCCGUCGGUUAACCGAAAAAGAUGAGUUUAUAGUGUUGGCUUCAGAUGGGAUAUGGGAUGUUCUCUCAAAUGAAGAGGUAGUGGCAAUUGUGGCUUCAGCACCAUCACGUUCCACUGCAGCAAGAGCUUUAGUGGAGUCUGCGGUUAGAGCUUGGAGAUACAAAUACCCUACCUCCAAAGUCGAUGACUGUGCUGCGGUUUGCUUGUAUCUUGACUCCAACAACAACACAAACGUACUAUCUACAGCUUCUUCCAUCUCCAAACUCGAAGACGAAGACGUAGAAGAACUAAAAAUCGAAAAUGAUGAUGCAUCAGGUCGUUCGAGUACUGUCAAGACGGGAAAAGAGAUUGCUCUUGACGAAAGCGAAGCUGAAAGGCUGAUUAGAGAAGAGGAUAACUCGGAUGCAGAGCAUGGAACAGAGUACUCUGCACUAGAAGGUGUUGCAAGAGUUAAUACACUUUUAACCUUACCAAGAUUUGUGCCUGGUAAGUGAAAAGAGUAAAAGAAGAGUUUGAAGAAGUUGAGAGAGGCCACAAAACAUAAUUAAAUAAAUUAAUCAGGAGGGCAGGAGAGGUACUGUUUCUUUUUCUUUUUUUCCACCUUUCUACAUUGGUCUCUUAUUUUUUUCUUCGAGACAUUCAUUGGUUUUGGAACAUAAACUUAUGUCAGUUUUGUUUUCUAUUUAUGUUUUUCUUUCUUUCUUGUUAAUGUUUUUGGUUUUGUCAGUAAAGAAAGUGAAAACACACUAUCAAAUGAUGUAAUAAUGGCUUUGUGUCUGUGAUACCGUGAUAACCCCUCAGGCUUAAUUUUGUUUGUCUGAAGGGUAUUUCCUGUUUUUUUUGUCUUUUUCUUUAUAAAAGCUCCAGUUACAUCAACUGCAGAUUUGCUUCAA